CCCCCCAGAAGGCUCCAGGACGGCCCGAGUGCCCACCUACACGUCCCAAGGGGCCGUCUUGGGUCCAUAGCAGUUUGGCUCAAGCAUUUGUAAACUCUCCUUCAGCAGCCGCUCCUGCAGCCGGAGCCCCUGCGUCACUGAGCGCACCCUCGAACUAUUUCUGUUUGAUUGCGGGUCGGGCUGCUCCGUCACAAUGACCCGCUCUCUAUUGGUCGCCGCCCCCCUGUUGUCGUCUUUCAUCGGAGGCGGGGCCGCUCUGCAUGUGGUGUCCAUGACCCAGGGAAUGCCAAACAGCAGUGGAUAUAUCAAUUCGACAAGCUUGGGCACUGACACGUUCGACGAGAAGUUCGCCAACGUCAAGAAGCGCGGCAUGGUGACAGCCUCAUGGUUACAAGACACGUCUUGGGUCGUUGGCUGGGUAGCAGCUUACCCUACUCAAGAGGGGCCUAUGACUAUGGAUGGUGAUGCGGACACGAAGUGGAAUCCAUGGAAUCUUGGUAGACAUUACAACAAAUGGUGGAUCGAGUUUAAUAUCCAGCUGCCUGCGUACACGGUGCACGGCAUUCGAAUCCAAAAUUGGGGCGAUACGACACAUGAUGUAAAACAGGCUGUGUUGUACGCGUCGACGACGCAAGGCGGAGCAUUCAACACGGUUGUUGCUUCAUUAGGAUCAGUGGCCAUUGGAACUAGUAGCGCGCAGGACUUUGCCAUCGUUUAUAGUUCCCCUGUGCAACACCUUCGAUUGGUGAUCACACGAACAGGCACUGGUCACCAACCAUAUAUUCGGGAAAUCGCGUUUCAACUUGAGGCCAGUCAGACACCCAGCCCGACGCCCAGCCCGACGCCCAGCCCGACGCCCAAUCCAACGCCCAGCCCGACGCAAAGUCCGACGCCCAGCCCGACGCCCAGCCCGACGCCCAGCCCGACGCCCAAUCCAGCAAAUAGCGCUGCUGCCACUGGAGAUCCACACCUGCAUAAUAUUUUUGGGGAACAAUUCGACUUAACGAAGACGGGCAGCCAUGUUCUAAUCAACAUUCCUCGUGGAACCAGUGCCGAAAACUCAUUGCUUCGCGUUCAGGCCGAGGCGCGCCGAUUUGGUGGCAGUUGCGCGGAUUUGUAUUUCCAAGCAUUGAAUGUUACAGGUUUGUGGGCAGAGGCUAAGCAAGCAGGAGGGUACCACUUCGACUCGCACAGGGGUGUCAAUGAGAAUUCAAAAUGGUUCACUCUUGGCUCCGUCGAGGUCAAAGUUGCCCAUGGGCGAACGCAAGGCGGUAUCCUGUAUCUGAACUUCUACGUUAAACAUCUGCGGCACGCUGGCUUCCCCGUGGGGGGCUUGUUGGGAGAGGACGACCACCAGGACGCAACCGCGCAGCCAGCUGAAUGCAAGAAGCUAGUGGCCUUGCGCACAGCUCUUCAGAACACCGACACUUCUGCGCGUUCUGUUGCCACCGCGAAGUUGGCAUGAGGUUUCUCCAGCUCCACUGAGCCACGCGAGGGCCGUUAUGCACACCAUGGGCGCCAGUGGUUCACAUGUGCCCUCAUCGGCAUUCUUUUGCUUCGCCCGUCUCCUCGCCCGGUCCUCGCUUGCUUUUUUUCCCCUCGGUUUUCUCCCAAGGCUUUCUCCGUCCUCGGCGGCUUCGUCUCCUUUUCCUGCCGCUUUUGGGGCGCGGCGCGCGGAGCAGAAGGACCGCGCGCUGCCGAGCAGAGGCGACGUGAGCAGGGCCACGCACCUUCCGCAGAUUUCCCCUUUACUGAGGGUACGCCGGUUCUGGUGGCACCUUGCUCUCCCCUUCUGCUUCAAAGGACAAAAAGAGGAGGGGCCGGCUCCGUGGCCGCCUGUGGUCGGGCGGGGCUGGGGCAGGAAUCGAUCGUUCCAGGGCGUGCCCGAACGCGCUCAGAGCGCUCCGGAACGCUCCGCGAAGGCCGCGGCGCCCGAUCAUUUUCCAGAACUGCCGCAUCUCAGAGGUUCCCGG